AUGAGUAUUUUGAACGGGUCUUUGGAAGGCAUUGGGCCUCUUUUGACUCGUACGUUUCAGGAUUCAGCGCUUUCAGCACGAUUCUCGGUGCUGGAAGAAAUAACUGCGAUUCUGGGAAACCAAGAUAUCGCAUUGGAACAAGAUGCCGAUAAAGAAAUUCUGCUGGGCAUUAUGGACAGCUACAUGUACAUUCGCGACGCGAAGUCGACCCAAAAGGUGGUCUCAGUGUUUGAAAGUCUCUUCAAACGUAUGCCAGAGCGCCUGAACGGUUUGCUCAAGUUCAUUCGCGGUUUAGUUGCCAAAGUUCCAGCCACUCGUGCAAUGGCUGACUACAUGAAUCUGUUAGACUGGAUCAAUUCGUUACUGAAGUUCUGUGUUUUACAAAAGAAGCAAUUUGAGACCGAGACCGUGGAAUUGCUGCAGUUGAUGUGCUUUACCGCUCAAAGUAUUGAGGCGGCUCUUGGCGUGCAUGAACAUGCAAAGCCUUCCAAAUUCAAGCAAAACCAACAUCGGCGCAGAAUACGUCAGGGCGUGCUACAGUCAAUGGCCAAGACUUUCGCUCAAGCUUUGAAAAGUGGAACUGAGAGCGACUUUUCAGUGGAGAUCGUUUACGAAGGCAUACUCCACCAAGCCAGCCAAGUCAAGUUGCCACCUACCGGGGUGGUUGCUGUAAUGGGUUCCCUCACGAAAGCAGCUUGUCAGCUCCUGCAGUCACAACCUGCUCAUUAUGCCGCUAUUACGAACAACGUCGUCGAGGCCUUCUGUGAGUAUGUGGGCAAAGACGUAAUAUUGUGCAAGGAGCCACCCUCGCCAUUUUGUAUUGAGACUUUUUUUGCACCUUUUGCUCACGAAUUUCUCACUACAGAGCUUUUCAAGACUUACAUGGUGCCCAACUUAGAAAAGUGUAUCCUGAGGUCAUCUGAAAUAGGAUAUCAGCUUGCUAGCGAGUUUUACCUUAGCGUUGAUCCCACGAAAGUUGAUCUUUCCUCAAUAUUUGUGAAAUCCAAACUUAUGACCCAGUCUUUCUCUUCCCUGAAAAGUAACAAGGAAGUGGUUAGAUGUCUUUCAUUAGAAUCCAUGUUAAGUCUUCUGCAUUGCACUUCAAAGUCUUCGUCCUCAGAAAAUCUGCAAAUUUUCGUUGCCGAAUCUUUCAAAAACCUAAAGUCCAAUUUGCAUGCUGAUUAUAAAGUGACCGUGUCAUCUUUACUCGGUGCGACGCCUUCGAUAUCUUCUGAAAUUUCAUCCGACAUAGUAAAAGGCCUUUCGAAUUACUUAGCAAAGGAGACCAACGAAGCUGUGAUGGCACCCAUGCUGCAGACCUAUUUCACACAUUUUUCGAAACUAGACGUUUCUCCUGAAAGUGCUGUUGCCCUCAUAAAGACAGGUCUAAAUGACAAGAAGCAGCAGGUGAGAAAAUUAUGGAUUGCAUCAUUGCUCAAUGUUAUCGACGAAAAGUCCUUAGAAGACUUCCGUGACCUCUCAAAAGAAAUCUUAGAGUACGUGAGAGAUGUGUUCUCCUCCCCAACGAAAUACACAGCAAGGAAUACUUUAAGUUGUUUUAUUGGAGUUGAUCGUCUUUCUUCCAUGCAAGGUAAUGAACUUGCAACUGAAGUCAUGUCUCUAUUAAUCGAUGUCAAUCGGAAUUCUCCAUCUAUUGGGUAUGCAUGGCUGGUAGCUGCAAUGUCGACACAGCUGACUUUUGAAGAAAGGGCUCUUGGUGUGGAACUACUCCGUAAUGCAUAUCAGAGAAAUCCUUUAAUGAUCGGGCUGAAUGUUAUCAAAGCGCUGGAGGAACAAAUAGGUGUUGAAACCUCGGCAGAUCGUUGUGGUAUAACUUUGCGUUAUGCAACACCAGUUUUCAUGGCACUGAGCCAGGAUGUUGAGGAUCGAGCUGCCUUGAAGAAGGUUCUCAUCGAAUUGCUCGUACUUGCACAGUAUCCUAAGUUUAACUUGAAAAGUGGAUGGGCAGGAUUGGUGCUACAAGCCAAUUUGAACCCCGAACAUCUGAUUGCAGAAUACGCGGAAGAUGUUAUCACCAAGUUUAAGGUUUUGACUGGCGAUGAAAACAGUAGAUCUCCACUUUACGAAGCGGCUGUUAAAUCUGUGACUUAUGCUGCAUUCAUAAACCAUUCGCCCAUUGCUGCAUUAACCGUCGCGCUCAUCAAAACUGCCUUGGAUGCUACCAGGCUCCGCGCGAUAGACGCGUCUCAGAUAUCCAUAUGGAAAGGGGCCGAAGGUGAGCUGGUUGUGGAUGUCCUACAAAAGAAGAGCAAAGCAUUGGACAAUAAAAACUCAAAAGACUACGAGACCCUCAAGUGGGAGGAAGACGUUAGAAAAAAGCAAGCCAAGAAGAACUCUGGCGCCAAAAAGUUGACUAAAGAAGAAAAGGACUUAGUCGAUGCUCAGUUGUCAAAAGAAAGUGACAUAAGAAAAGCUACAAAUAACACUGUGGCAGAGGUACGUCGGUCUUUGGCACUAAUUUCACAAUUAAGUAAGGAAGCUUCGUUGGUCCAGAACGGAUCCGAAGUUUGGUUUCCCGUGGCCGUUUCCUGCGUUUUAUCAGCUUUGCAAGCGCCUAAUUUUUCAGAGCUGCUGCCCAAAGAAGGCAUUGAGACAUUUUUGAAAUUGUCAGAUACUGCGUCAGAGAGGCUAGGUAAUAUGAGAAGCUUUAUUGCUGUUGCCACUCUUCGUGCUUUUGAAGUUCGUGGGAUUCCGGAAAGUUUGUGUCAGGAGCCUCUAUUGGAAUUGAUAUCUAGAGUAUUAUUCAGAGUCAAAUUUGUCGCGAACAAGAAGCGGUUUGAGUCCUUAACUCUGACUUUACUUCUACCUUUGCUUUCCAAAGUCCUAGAAGAGGGAAAGAAGAUUUCUUUGAAGAACGCAGACAAGCCAUUAGUUAAAAGCGAAUUUGUUGAAGAGGACAAAGAGGAAGAGCAGCUUUUGCUUGCAAUGGAAAUCAUUGGAGGUCACGCCGAGUCCUUCAGCGACCCCGCCAUUCCACGUCAACACAUUUUAGAGGUCUUGCUCUCUCUAAUAUCUGUUUCAUCAAAAGCAAGAUCCGCUAAAGAAUGCUUUUUAGCUUUGUGUCAAAAUCUGUCACUGUCUCCAAGCCAAACAGAUUUGGAUCUAAUUUUGGGCAGGCUGAUGUCUCCGAACGAUUUUGUCAGAGCCACUAUCUUGGAGGCUGUGGAUGAUGAAUUCGAUUUGACACCCCACAUGAACUUCUCGCCUCAAAUAUUUAUAUUGAUGCAAGACGCUAGUGAGUCAAACAGGGAAACUGCCGCUUCCAUUUGGCAACUCAACAAGUUUGAGGUCCGAGAAGAGCUGCUCAAAAGCUUGUUGGACUAUUUUGGUCAAGCUGAUAGUGGCUUGCGUCUCUUUGUUGCGAAAUCUUAUGCAACAGCUCUGCAUGUGUUAACUUCGCAGUCGAGGGACUUUUUCGGGGUUUACCUUGAAAAGCUCAUGAGCUUUUAUUCCUUGAAGGCUCGUGUUCCAGAACCUAUCAUUGAUGAGUAUGGAUUAGUAGUUGUAUCUUCCGAAGCACAAAAAGACUGCUGGGAAGAGAGAAGUACUGCUGCCAUUGCUUUCAAGGAGUGUUCAGAGGUUUUCCCUCUUGAAAGUAAAUGGCCCGUGGAGUUUGUCAAAUUUUUGGUCAAUAGCGGCGCCCUUGGGGAUCGUGAAGUUUUGGUCAGACAGGAAAUGAAAGAGGCGGGAAUUGAGGUGAUUGCUCAUCAUGGAUCUCGCAACGUUGAGGAUUUAAUUCCGGUAUUUGAAGAAGCUCUUGUUGUCAAUCAAGAUAUUGCCACCAAGGAAAAUGUUAUUAUCCUUUAUGGUACACUAGCAAGACAUUUGUCUGCGGAUGACAAGAGGGUUACGACUAUUGUUGAGCGGUUGCUAAACACCCUUGAGACUCCGUCAGAGGAAGUGCAGCAAGCCAUUUCCGCAUGUAUCUCGCCAUUGGUGGGCUUAUUGGACUCACAGGCGGGUCAUUACUUAAACAACAUGAUGAAGAAGCUACAAGAUUCUAAAGCAAGACUUCACUCCAAACGUGGUGCCGCCUGGGGGCUUGCCGGUCUCGUAAAAGGUCUAGGUAUCAAAUCUCUUGCAGAAUUUGAUGUAAUUCAUGAUCUCAUGGAUGCCUCGGAGGAUAAGAAAGACCCUCAAAGGCGUGAGUCUGUUGCUUUUGCAUUCGAGUGUCUCUCCAAGGCAUUGGGCAAGUUUUUCGAACCAUAUGUUAUCGAAGUACUGCCUAAUAUCUUGAAAAAUCUUGGUGACUCUGUUCCUGAAGUUAGGAUUGCUACUGCAAAUGCCACUAAAACUAUCAUGGCUAACACAACUGGAUUUGGUGUGAAGAAGUUAAUUCCUGUGGCUGUUAAUAACUUGGAGGAUAUUUCGUGGAGAACAAAACGAGGAUCGGUCGAGUUGUUGGGUAACAUGGCUUAUCUUGAUCCCACCCAGCUCUCUGCAUCUCUCUCGACUAUUGUCCCUGAGAUUGUUGCUGUUCUUAAUGACUCGCAUAAAGAGGUGCGUAAAGCCGCUGACCAGUCCUUGAACCGCUUUGGGGAAGUCAUUAGAAAUCCUGAAAUUCAAAAGCUUGUUCCGGUAUUGAUCAAGGCUAUUGGAGAUCCGACAAAACACACCGAAGAAGCAUUGAAUGCACUCAUACAAACACAGUUUGUGCAUUACAUUGACGGUCCCUCCCUAGCCUUGAUUAUUCACGUUAUCCACAGAGGUAUGCGUGAGAGGUCGGCCAACACGAAAAGAAAAGCAUGUAAAAUCGUUGGCAACAUGGCCAUCCUCGUAGACGCCAAUGAUUUGGUACCAUACUUGCAACAAUUGGUUGACGAAGUGGAGACAGCAAUGGUUGAUCCUGUUCCAAGCACCAGAGCUACAGCUGCGAGGGCACUAGGUGCUUUAGUAGAACGGUUGGGUGAAGAAAAGUUCCCUCACUUGAUACCUCGUCUAUUGGCUACCUUGAGUGAUGAUAGUAAGGCUGGUGACCGUUUGGGAUCGGCACAAGCACUUUCGGAGGUUAUCAGCGGGCUCGGCCUGUCUAAACUGGAUGAAAUGCUUCCGACUGUCAUGGCAGGUGUUACCAACUCCAAAACAUACGUGAGGGAAGGUUUCAUGCCUCUUCUAUUGUUUUUGCCCGUAUGCUUCGGUGCUCAGUUUGCUCCUUACGUCAGUCAAAUUAUUCAGCCUAUUUUGAGUGGAUUGGCUGAUCCAGAUGAAAACAUCUCUGAUACUUCCUUGAAGGCAGGAAAGCUUGUGGUGAAAAAUUAUGCUACGAAAGCCAUUGACUUAUUGCUUCCAGAGCUUGAAAAAGGAAUGUUCGAUGAGAAUGAAAGAAUCAGACUGUCUUCUGUGCAGCUUACAAGCGAUUUAUUAUUCCAAGUCACAGGAAUUUCCUCGAAGAAUGAAUUUGAUGACGAAGAAGGUGAUGUCAAUCACGAGGUCACGAAGCAGCUUCUGGAGGUGCUUGGACAAGACCGCCGCGACAGAAUUCUCUCUUCUUUGUUUGUCUGCCGGUCCGAUACAUCUGGUGUUGUUCGUGCUACUACUGUGGACGUUUGGAAAGCAAUUGUGCCCAACACGCCACGUACAGUCAAGGAAAUUCUUCCUACUCUAACGAGCAUUGUCGUUGUCCAUUUGGCUUCAUCCUCUGCUAGUCUACGUCACAUUGCUGCCCAAACUUUGGGGGAUCUAGUGAGACGUGUUGGCACCAAUGCCUUGUCUCAAUUGCUACCAGUGUUGGAAGGAUCCCUUGCCGAGGCUCGUGGCUCUGAAUCCAAACAAGGAGUGUGUAUUGCUUUGCGCGAGCUAUUGCAAUCGUCCUCUCCUGAAUCAUUGGAAGAGUAUCAAUCCACGAUUGUUAACAUUAUUCGCAUCACGCUAGUUGACGGCGAUGCAACUGUUAGAGAGUCGGCUGCAUUGUCAUUUGAUGCGUUCCAAGAAGCUUUCGGUAAAGUUGCUGUUGACGAGGUCUUGCCUCACUUGCUCAGCAUGUUGACUUCCAGCGAGAGCUCAGAAUUCGCAUUGUUGGCGUUGCAAGAAAUUAUGGCCACCAAGUCUGAGGUCAUUUUCCCAAUUCUAAUACCAACACUGUUAAGCCCACCUAUAGACGCUUUCAGAGCUCGCGCUCUUGGCUUAUUGGCUCAAGUUGCUGGCGUCGCUCUAUACAGGCGGCUGUCGACCAUGAUCAACGCUUUAGUCAACACUUUAGCAGGGUCUACUCAAGAUGAGCAGACUAAGAGCGCUUUAGAAGGUGCAUUGGAAAGCGUUAUGAGCUCCGUUGUUGAUUCUGACGGUAUGCAUCCAUUGAUGCAACACAUCUUGAGCUUGAUCAAGGACGAAAACAAAGCGAAACGUCUCGUGAUUUUGGAGCGUCUGCCAGCCUUCUUCGAAGAAACCACACUCAACUUUGACAUAUACACUCCAGAGAUUGUGUCUCAAAUGAUAAUGUCAUUUGACGAUCAAGACCCUCAGGUUUUGCAGAGCAUUUUUGAUGCACUAACCGUUUUGAUCAAGAAACAAGAUAAGUCUAUGUUGGGUAAGCUGGUUAAGCCUUCUAGACAGGCUCUAAUGCUUGUUGGGAAGGAAGACGUGGAAUUGGGAGUAUUUAAGCUGCCUAAGGGACCAAGUUGUAUUUUGCCAGUUUUCCUACAUGGCUUGAUGUAUGGCUCCAAUGAGGAUCGUGAAACAGCUGCGAUGGCAAUUGCCGACAUUGUAAAGAGAACUCCAGCGGCCAAUUUGAGAGCGUUUGUUACACUGAUCACCGGUCCGUUGAUUCGUGUCGUUGGCGAAAGAUUUCCGGGCGACGUCAAAGCUGCAAUUCUAUAUGCUCUAAACGUGUUGUUUGCCAAAAUUCCACAAUUUUUGAGGCCCUUCAUUCCUCAAUUGCAAAGGACAUUUGUGAAAUCCUUGUCAGAUACCUCGAACGAGACACUUCGGUUGCGCGCUGCAAAAGCCCUUGGUUCCUUGAUCGAGUACCAACCAAGAGUGGAUCCAUUGGUCGUAGAGCUUGUUGGGGGCGCCAGACAAACGGACGAUGAAGGUGUUAAGACUGCUUUGUUAAACGCCUUACUGGAAAUUGUUUCUAAAGCAGGUUCCAAACUGAACGAAAGCUCCAAACAUGUCAUCGUGAAUCUUGUGGAGGAACAAAUUUUGACAGUCAACGAUAAGCUAGCAACAGCUUACGCCAAGCUAAUUGGCUCUUUAUCUGGAAUAAUGACUACGGACGAAGCGAACUCUAUACUAAAUGAUAAGGUGUUGGAAGUCGACGUUGCUGGCGAAUCUGGGCGUUUUGCCAUUUUGACGUUGAACUCGUUUUUGAAAGAUGCCCCAGCACAUCUAUUCGAGUCGGGCUUGAUACCGGAUUAUGUCCAAUAUCUAAUAGGUGCUGCCAAGUCCACCGUUCCUUACAUAUCCGACAACGCAUUGGCUGCCAUUGGUAAGCUUCUGUUGUUGAUCGGAGAGAAGAGGUCUCCAUACGGAAAACUAGAAUCUCAAAAUCCAUUCGAGCUUUCCGAGGAAAGCAUUGGAACCCUCAUUGAGGUUUUGUGUGAAGACAUGUUACGCCCUGCCAGUAACUCGCUAGACUCGAGGAGGAUGUCGCUAGUAGUUGUGCGGACUGUGGCGAGGUUCAAGUAUGAAGAAUGCAUUAAACCAUUCUACGAUCUACUGGGUCCCUCGGUUUUUACGUGCUUGCGUGAUGUUAUUAUCCCCGUCAAAUUGGCGGCUGAAAAGGCCUAUUUGGCGAUCUUCAGGCUGGUAGAGGAGCAGGACAUGAAUGCCUUUGAGGCCUGGAUUUUACAGCUUUCUGGCCCUGCGGUGCAGAACAGAGCUGGUGACCUAGUUCAACUUAGAUCCAUUACUGACUAUACCAAGAGGGUCGGUAAAAGAUUGGCCGGUGUUGAAAGGGAAAGAAUUGCUGCCGGUGGUGAUCCAGAGACAGUGUUCUCUGACUGCUACGAAGAUGAAGCUGAAAUCUGGGCAAUUGGUGGAGUAGAGUUGAUAAAGGACGCAUAA